AUGGUUUCCACUAUGUGUUGCAUCGUCUCAGAGAGAUUCCCCAAGUACCAUAUCUUUAAUUCCUCCCAUGCCGACUGCGCAGUAGCAACCAGGAUCUUCUUUGCAUCUGGCCUUGACAGUCUGAAUGCCAUUCAAUUAUCGGUCUUCAUCCGAAAGAACUUCAAUCUUGGUGGGAACGGUCCUUCUAUCGGCCAAAAUGUCAUCUAUGACCAUGGAUCGGUCAAUCGUCUCGCCGAAUUGGUCUACCAUUCAAGAGUGGGAGCUAGCCUGGAAGCCGUUGAUGAUACCUCUACAAUCAGUGCAUGGGUCGAGAAAUAUUCCCAGUUCACGAAUCUGACCUCCCCCGCUGCGAAUAUGCCCAAGUCCUCUAGCCAUCGAAUCAUUUUGGCUGGAGUUACUGAAUUCCUGGGAGCCCAUAUUUUAGCCGAAUUGGCGCAGUCAUCGCAUGUUGAGAUCGGUUAUUGCCCCGUUAGAAAGCUAGACGAUGUGGAUGCAAUGUCAAGAGUCAUUCAAUCAUUGCGACAGCGGAAACUCUCCCUUGAUCAAGAUUCAUCAGCCAAAGUGAUUGCCCUAUACAGCGACAUCGGCAAGAAUAACUUUGGCCUAGAGACUGCCAUUUUUGGAAUCAUGAAAAAAACGGUUUCUCUAAUCAUACACGCUGCCUGGACUGGCUACGCACGUUCAAAACUCAUUAGUGAGCUCAUCAUCGGCAAAGCUGCUCAAAUGGGUGCUCGAAGCAGUAUUCUGUGCAUUGGGCAAAUCGUUGGUGAUAGUGUCCAUGGCAUAUGGACAAACACGGAGGCCAUGCCAUUAACCAUUCAGUCCGCGCGUGCUAUCGAUGUACUGCCUCAACUGUAUGAAACCUGCGCGUGGAUACCGGUGGAUUAUCUCACCGAGACAAUUGCCGAACUUUCGCUUACUACCAACCAAAUGCAUUUCGCCGAUGACUCUAAAUUACCAUUGGUUUACAAUAUUGUCAACCCGACCGAGUUCCAUUGGACUAGAGACAUGCUCCCCGCAAUGAAGGAGGCCGGGGUGGGAUUCACACCUAUUCCCCCGUCCGAAUGGGUAAAGCGACUAGAAAAAGGCGACACAGAUCCCUCUAAAAAUCCUGCCAUCAAAUUGCUGUCCUUUUUUCAAUAUCGCUAUGGUGGAAACACAACCCAUGAGUAUCGACAGCCACGUUUUGAAACCACACAGACACAAAGGGACAGCCCGUCCCUAGGCAAAAUACCCAAUAUCAUCAGCACCGGACUGAUGAACAAGUUCAUUGCCGUAUGGGAGGAAAAAUAA